CCGUGUGCGGUUACCAUGGCAACGGACUAUUCCUCUCUGCUCAACCAGACGACACCAGGCAUGAGUGCAGCUUUCUUUUCAAACCAGUCCACCGCCGGUGACUUCAGCGGAAAGGUUCCUGUGGAGCACUUGGACUAUGUUUACAUCGAGAAAUGCAAAGAUGUAAAAUACCUGGAGAAGAUCUUAGAAGUAUUAAGGUCUGGCAAAGAGGGAUUUUAUCCUCAUCUGCUUGAGUUCUGUGAGAGUCACAUGAAGAAACUGGACCCUCGAAACCGAGCUCUCAGAAAGGAAAACCCUGUGGCCACAGCAGCCAGUCUCUCUAAAGAUGAGUGGAGCCAAAUUUUUGAUGACUUAAAGAUUUGGCAAGAAGAAAUCAAAACUACUGAGACUUUGCUAAUGCAGGAGCCAAUGAUUGAUGCAUCAAUGAAAGAAGAUAUGACACCAAUAAGAGGGUCCAAUUGCUCUGUUCCGCUUAAUCAGACUGCAGUAUCAAAAGAAAAGAGGAAUUGUUCAAAACAUCCUCUACCACGUGAUUAUCGAGAAUGGGACAAGUUUGAUGUGGAAAAAGAAUGCAAAAGAAUUGAUGGAAACAUGGUCACAAAUGAUCCACCUGCCAUCGCAAACAACCAACACCCCCAGAUCUGGACUGAAGUGGAUGCUUCAUUGAAAUCACAACAGGAGAAGCUCCUUCUGGCAAAUCGUGAAAAGGACAAAGGCAAUGAAGCAUUCAGGGCAAAUGAUUAUGAGGAGGCUGUUGCAUACUAUUCCAGGAGCAUUUCCAUUAUACCAUCUGUGUCUGCCUACAACAACAGAGCCCAGGCGGAGAUCAAACUCGAGCACUGGCAUAACGCCAUGAGCGACUGUCAGAGGGUACUUGAGCUGGAAUCAGGCAAUGUGAAAGGCCUGCUACGACGUGCCAAAGUUUAUAAUCACAUGGGUCAAUUCCAGCUGGCGGCUGAAGACCUGAGGAUGGUGCUCAGGAAAGAGCCACAGAAUGCUGCAGCCACGCAACUUCUGUCUGAAACAGAGAAGAGGAUUUCAGAAUGUCGACCAGAGCAGAAGAGCAAAGGCAAAAAAAUCCUCAUCCAAGAAGUAGAAGAGGGGGACGACAACAGAAAUGCUCGUCCGGUUGAACCCAGCCAGCCUGUGGGAGGGGAGGAGAGCUCAGCUGCUCCUGAAAGGGGAGACAUGGGUAACGCUCAAAAAAAGCCUCACGGCAGAGGGGACGGGGGUCCUCACAGUGAGUUCACCAACUCCCACCAUGGACACUGGAGAAGCAGAGGAGGCAGCUCUGAUAAAUAUAAAUUCACGCAGGAGUCCAAGGAAAAGCAAGCGAAUGGAACAAGCAAGAGGGGUUCGACAGCCUCAGUCAAGGCUGAGCAGAGCAGUGGAGGUAAGGGAAGUCUGGCUGGAGGAAAUGAAGGGGGAACUUUGUCUGGAGGAAAUGCAGGGGAAACUGUCAACCUUGAUGCCCCAUGUGGAGCCCUACCCCCAGCUCUGUCGAGGCUUAAGAAUGAAGGCAACCUGCAGUUUAAAAACGGACAGUUUGCAGAUGCACUGGAGAAAUACUCACAGGCCAUUCAAGGCUAUGCAGACUCAGGGAUCGAUAGCCCAGAGGACCUUUGUAUUCUGUAUUCUAACAGAGCAGCAUGCUACCUAAAAGAUGGCAACUGUCAAGAAUGCAUACAGGAUUGCACAAGAGCCCUGGAGCUGCAGCCCUUCUCCCUCAAGCCUCUCCUGCGGCGGGCCAUGGCUUAUGAGUCCCUGGAACGCUACCGUACGGCCUACGUGGAUUACAAGACUGUCCUGCAGAUAGACAUCAGUGUUCAAGCAGCAAAUGACAGCGUCAACAGGAUCACUCGGCUGCUGAUUGAGCAAGAUGGUACAGAGUGGAGAGAGAAACUUCCCGACAUUCCUCUGGUGCCUCUGUCAGCUCAACAGCACCGUAGAGAGGAGCCACCCAGUGAAGAGGUCCUCCAGGCCCGGGCAGAGAAAGCAGCAAUGGAUGCAGAAAGGAAAGCUGAAGCCCGUUUUACAGUUUUGAAGAAAGAAGGGAAUGAAUUUGUGAAGAAUGGCCAAUACCAGGAUGCACUGGGGAAGUACACUGAAUGCCUUAAGCUAAAGCCAGAAGAGUGUUCAAUCUACACCAACAGAGCCCUGUGCUACUUGAAGGUUGAGAGGUUUGCUGAGGCUAAACACGACUGCGAUGCAGCACUGAAGCUGGAGCCAACCAAUAAGAAGGCCUUCUACAGACGAGCACUGGCCAAUAAAGGCCUCAAGGACUACCUGGCAUGCAGCUCUGACCUGCAGGAGGUACUGCAGCAGGAUCCCAAUGUGCAGGAGGCUGAGAAGGAGCUGUUGGAAGUCACAGUGCUGCUCAGACAGAGUCUGGCUAAUUCCAACGCUUCACCAGCCAAACCCAGGAAAACUGUCCCUAUCACAGAGGUUGACGGUGACCAGGAAACGACAGGUGAUCCUAACUCAGAGAACAGCUGCAGAGGAGAGGAUAUCCCAACCAACCUCCAGCCUACAGAUGCCUACGAGUUCGGACAGGCUCUGAAUGCAGCGUGUUGCAGCGGGGACACAGCGAUCUGUGCUGAACUGCUGGCCUCCACGACCCCUGAGAUGCUUCCUCAUUUCUUAAGCACCCAAUUGGAUGGACACACUAUCAGCCUCAUCAUGCAGGCAAUGGACUCCCACCUCCUGGAAAAGAAUCCUAGCCUAGUCUACCAACACCUCAACGUUUUGCACACCACCGACAGGUUUUCGGUGGUGCUUAUGCUGCUGAAUAAGGACGAGCGUCGCCACAUGACUCAGCUGUUUGAGCAUCUGGCUGCUGUGGAGAGCUCCGAGUUCACUAAGAACGAUGUUCAGAAUCUGGCCAACAAGUACAUCUGACCCCUUCUUCCCCUGCUCCCUGCUGCAUGAGCUGCUGCAUCACUGAAACUUUUGGAUCUAUGCAAAACAAUGCACACUGACUGAGUGCUCACAGGCAGGAAGCUGCGGCGUGUGCCCCAGAGCAAUACAAAGGAACUAAGUCACAGUUACUCUUCUGGUGUGUGCUGUAAAUGAUCUGAUCACUGUAUGUUUGUGUGACAGCAUAAGGUAUAUAUAUUUUUCUCUCCAAAACAUUUUGCUAUGCAGAUUUACUUUUGUACCACCACUCAUCAUUUGCAUUGUACAGCAUGGUGACAGGAAGAUACUGUGGACCUUUCACUGAAGUGUAUUGAUAAACAGGGUCCAAGGUACAAUGGUAUUAAAAGGCUAAAGGAAAUCCUUUUCCCCCUACAGGCCGCUCAAUAUUCUCUGGACAGGUUUGUGUUUAAGAACGGAGCUUGGUUGUCCUCAAACCCCGUUAUUUUUCAGAUAUCAAUUAUUCGAUUUAUGAGCUUCUGUCAGACACCAGCGACGAUCUGAGAUGACAAACAGUGCAUGCUGAAUGUAACCUAGCAAAGGAACAAGUGAGGUAAUUUGCUACUGAGCUAAUUAAUGUCUGUUGAUGAAUAAGAAAAGCAGGGACAAAUAUCCCAACUAAGAAAUAGGCCUGCAUAAUGUCUUACUCUGUUCUGUGCAGCCUGGUAGGUGUAUCUUUUAAACUGAUAUCUUCUGAGAAUGUUGUUCGAAAAAAUAUAAUUUAUAACCUUCCACGA